ACAAAAUUAAAUUUGGAACAGUAGAGCUCGAGAAGUAAUGGAGGAAAGCGCACAGGCAGUUACUGGAGACAGACUUGGAAAAAACAUUCCAAUGGGAGAAGAAAAUAUUCAUGAUUCCGAAUCGAAAUUCAAAAAAAUAUUUCCGAAACUGUACCUGGGUUUGAAGUGUGUAAAUUGUGGCGUGUUGGUAGUGGCGUUCACUGUUCAUCUGCAUAAUCUGUUUUCGGCUACUUGGGCCACUGACCACGGAGUGGACACUGCCACUGGACACCAAGGCCGCAUACAUCACCAACUGUUCGGGUUUACUGAGGAGGGAAAUCAGGAUGUUUACCCCCUUCACAGAGAAGGAUAUUGGCAGGAUUGGAAAAAGCCUCUGAUUAAGCUGGAAAUUAUUGCUCUGAGUCUUGGCUUCACUGCCAUAUUUGUCCACGGAAUUAUUAUAUUCCUGCACUUCUUACACCCUCGAAAGGCUGAGGCGAUGGCUCUUCUCACGUCAGUUGUACUCCUGUCAUGUGGGGGAGGCGGCCUGUUGGUGAAGACGAGUCUGGAUUACAGCAGCACCCGUCCGGUGUAUGGGUUCCGAGACACGACAGUUCCGUCUACCUUCGUUACCGACAUUACUGAGGAGACCGGCGGAAUGGAGGCGGUGAUAGCCGGAGCGAUGUACUUCAUCGCCGGCGUUAUUGACGUCAUGUUAAUAUUGAUUACCUCAUCCAAUCUUCCAAUUAACCCUGACGUCACCACACCAACAAAAACCCAUGACGUCACCACACUAACGAAAACCCCUGACGUCACCACACUAACGAAAACCCCAGACGUCACCACACCAACGAAAACUCCCGACGUCACCACAAUAACGAAAACCCCUGACGUCACCACACUAACGAAAACUCCUGUCGCCAUCAGAUCAUUGGAGAAAGAAGGGCCUUCCCUGGCCAACUAGACAGCCAGCUUAGACCGACAAGAUCUAGAUCUAGAACACAGUUUGUACAUGACAUUCUGCUGUAAAUACACAUCUGCGUCAUUUUCGUAAUUAUUGGAACAUUGAAUCUGACCAUUGUCCAUUUUAUGGCGAUAUACUAUCACUCAAAUGAAUCACAUGUUUGAUCAACGGAUUACUAUUAUGUAAAUAAAUCUACUUUAUAUUGUAACAUUCAACUCAAUGAUCGCAAUGGUAUCCUUAACAAGUUGAAAUCUUAGAUAGAUAAAAUGAUUACUUACAUCAAUCUGCUUGUAACAAUGUAGGAAUUUUACUGAAUAGAAUUGCUAUGUUGUAAUAUCAAACUCAUUAUUAAAACACAGUUACGAUAACCUC